CCAACCUCCCUUUGCUAAUCAAAAAUAAAAAGCCCUUCCCUCUCAAUAUCUCCAUGACCUUCACUCUCUCUCUCUCCCUCUCCCUCUCCCUCUCGUCAGUCUGAGUUAACUCAGUUUGAGAUUAACCCUUAACAACUUAUUUCCUACCUCUGAGUCGUCGUCUCGCUGCUCACUGAGUCAAGGCGAUUAAUAGGUAUGGAGGUGUAGGCUCCAUUUUUCUGUUCUUAAUCUCCCUUUCUCCAACAUCGAGUCACUAUCAUUUGCAGGUGAGGGAGAAAUUGAGAAUGGGAGAAAUGUCAAGCUUCCAGUUAGGUGUGAUCGGUGCCCUGUUUCUUUCAGUGGCAUCAUCUGUUUCCAUUGUUAUUUGUAACAAAGCUUUGAUGAGCAAUCUUGGCUUCCCUUUUGCUACAACAUUGACCAGUUGGCAUUUGAUGGUAACAUUUUGCACCCUUCAUGCUGCACAUAGAUUCAAUUUAUUUGAGAACAAAUCAAUUGACUUGAAGACUGUCGUGCUCUUUGGCAUCCUUAAUGGUGUCUCUAUUGGACUUCUCAACUUGAGUCUUGGUUUCAACUCCAUUGGAUUCUACCAGAUGACUAAACUUGCAAUCAUACCAUUCACUGUCUUGUUAGAAACCAUCUUCCUCAAUAAGCAAUUCAGCCAGAAGAUAAAAUUGUCUCUGUUCCUUUUACUUGUUGGAGUGGGCAUUGCUUCUGUAACAGAUCUCCAGCUCAACUUUCUUGGAACUGUGCUCUCCCUACUGGCCAUUAUCACAACUUGUGUUGGUCAAAUUCUGACAAAUACAAUUCAAAAGAAGCUGAAUGUAUCAUCUACCCAGUUGCUGUAUCAAUCAGCUCCAUUUCAAGCUGCUAUUCUCUUUGUCUCUGGCCCUUUUGUGGAUAAAUUACUUACCAAGCAAAAUGUUUUUGCCUAUAAAUAUUCUCCUAUAGUCUUGGCGUUCAUAAUUCUUUCAUGUGUAAUAGCAGUGUCUGUGAACUUCAGUACAUUUUUGGUAAUAGGGAAGACAUCUCCAGUUACAUACCAAGUGCUAGGGCACCUCAAGACUUGUCUUGUUCUUGCAUUUGGCUACACAUUACUACAUGAUCCUUUUACACCCAGAAACAUAAUUGGCAUCCUAGUUGCUGUCUUUGGAAUGGGAUUGUAUUCUUAUUUCUGUAACUUGGACAACAAGAAGAAAAACUCCGGCGCCGAUUCCGGUUCUCAGAUGAAAGACAAGGAUGAAACACUACUUCUUCUGGCUCAAGACAAGGAAAAUCAGGAUGCUAAUAAAGCAAACAAGGAUUCUCUUGUCUAAAAUGUUUUUUCAUAAACAUUCAUCAUGUAUUAAGGUGGUGUUCUUUAUUUUUGUUUUCUUAAACCCCAUUUUGUUUGAGUGUAAAUCAGUUAAUUCUUUAAAUAAAUUACCCAUUUUCAGUAA